AUGCUCACAGAUCGCCGCAUGAAAGUACAAGCCGCUUUGAUUUUGCUCCUGGCGGCGGUUGCCGUUAUCGCACCCUUGCAAUGCAUCGACGCCACCGCUUGUGGCAACACCAAUACACAAACUGGUGUCUGCGACUGCUCCUCCGGCAACGUCAUGACCUGUACUGGAAUCUCCAGCAUGCUUACAAGCAACAUUCCGACAGGCACGACUCAAAUUAGGAUCACUGAUUGCGCAAGCAGCAGCACUUUGACGAUGAGCUCGACCUCGUUUUCCGGUCUUAAUUCUUUGACAAGCAUCUACAUCAAGAAUUGCAUUGUGGUGCCUGCGGUAGGAAUGAUUUCCAACCUCCCUGCCCUUGCCUCCAUCUCGAUCCAAUCGGCAUCAAUCACCUCGUUCCCUUCCGGGUCAUUUUCCAAUCUUCCGGUGCUGCAAACUUUAGCCCUUGGCUUCAACCAGCUCACUGUCGUUCCAUCUGAUGUGUUCACGCUGACGUCGUUGCGAACAUUUCAGCUCAGGGACCAAAACAACGUGGGAACCACUGUCUUCACGCCGUUUUCCCUUGCUUCGUCGAGCAUGUUCUCAAGUUUGCAGCAGCUUAUUACCAUUGACCUCUCCUCCUCUGGACUCACUUCAAUUCCCGCCAAUGCGUUCAGCAACAUCCCACAGCUCAAGUAUCUGACGCUGGUCGGUUGCACGCUUUGCCAGCUCACCAUUGAGCCGAACGCCUUUUCCAGCCUUCCGAACCUCAACAAUUUAGAUCUUCGCUAUAACAAGUUGACUUUGAUUCCAAGUGGCGUGUUCACCAAUCUGCCGUCGCUUUUCAUGCUGUACCUCUCAAACAACCAGAUUACAACGAUCGGCGCUGAUUGGAGCGGUUUGCCAACAUUGGCUUUGCUAGACUUAACAGUCAACAACCUGACUUCGCUCCCUGCCAGUUGGCUGGUGUCCUUCCCGGCUCUGGUUAAUCUGCAGCUGACUCAAAACAAAUUCACAAGCGUCCCGGCGAGUGCCUUCGGCAUGCAAACGACUCUGUCUAUGACAACGCUAGACAUGGUCGGCAACAACUUGGCGCGUAUUGAUGCGAACGACUUUCCUUCCAGUCUGCGCUUUCUGCAGUCUCUAUACUUGAACGGGAACACCAUCACGAGCAUUGCUGCUAGCGCAUUCUCACAGUUGACCAGCCUCACAACACUACGACUCUCGGGCAACUCUCUGACCACAUUACCUCCUGGUCUCGCCCAAGGUCUCAGCCUGCUCACCUCGGUUACUCUCAAUUCCAACAGCUUUGCUGUCGUCCCUCCCAGCACUUAUGGAACGCUGGCAUCGCUUUCAGUCUGCCAUUAUGCAUGCGCCACGUGCUUUGGUGCUGGAUCGAGCUCGUGCUGCGCUGAGGGCUGUCUAACUUGCUCGUCUGGAGCCACGUGCACGCUAUGCUAUGCUGGAUACACAAUGCUGCCUGGAGGUUUGUGCAUUUCUCCUGCGCGGGUUGCCGCCACCGCUGCUUCUGCCUCGAUCGCAUCCGACGCCUCUGCCGCUUCUGUCGCGUAUGUCGCAUCGACCGAUUCCGCGGCGUCAGCGGCUGUUCAAUCUGCGACUUCGGCCGCUUCAGCCGCGUCAGUCGCUUCGAUUCGCUCGAUCGAGUCGGCUUCUUCUGCCGCCUCGGCUCAGUCAGUCGAGUCGGUCGCCUCCAUUCAGUCAGUUGCAUCGGUUGCCGUUGCCCACGCUGCCGAGUCGGCCGCUUCCGUCGCGUCGAUUGAGUCCGUGCAGUCCGCCGAGUCGGCCGCUUCCGUCGCGUCGAUCCAGUCCGUGCAGUCCGCCGAGUCGGCCGCUUCCGUCGCGUCGAUCCAGUCCGUGCAGUCUGUCCAGUCUGUCCAGUCACUCGCGUCUAUUGCAUCUGUCCAGUCUGUCGAGUCUGCUGCCUCUGCGGCCUCGGUCCAUUCAAUUGCAUCAGUUUCUUCCGUGUCGGCAGCCUCUGUGCAGUCUAUCGAGUCUGUUGCAGCGAGACCGUCCGUCGAGUCUGUCGCUUCCGUCCACUCUGUGUCAGCGGCCUCCGCGUCUUCAGUUUCUGCUUCGCUGGUUGCCACCGCAAACUCCCAAACCGAUUCGGGUUCGUCCUUGUUGCCGAUUGCUCUUGGCGCUGGCAUCGGUGGCCUCCUGCUUCUCAUCGUGAUUCUGCUGCUGGUCCGCCGCAGCCGCAGUCGCAAAGACAGCUUUAAGCGCAACUCGCUCGAAAGCAUUAACAGCAAGUCGGACAUCGUACCGCGGGACUCGACGACAACUGAACUGUACCAGAACAGCUUGACAAAGGGGAAAGUCGACACUUCCAUCUAUGACGACGUCAGCAACAACUAUGACCAGCUGACCAACCGCAACUACGACCAGCUGACCAACCGCGCCAAUCCGAGUGAGGUGCAGUACACGUACGCCGACCCGGCAGCUGGCAACGUCCGAAAGCUUGGCGCCUCGAGCCAAACGCCAUACAGCGAAGUCAAAACCGCCAACCUGUCGAACGAGGUGCUGUACGACAGCAUGAAGGUGACAUAUGCCAACUCGUAACAGUACUUUCAACUGUGCUGUGACUGCUUUGCUCUGUUCGAACUGCGACCGUGGCUGCUCGGUUUGGCCGUGCAGCUCAAGUGUUUUUGAGAGUUUUUGAGUGUUUUGUUUUUUUUCAAUUGUUGGGGGUGUUAUGGAGUUAUUCAAGUGUUAAGGAAUUGUUGCCGGUUUUGGGUUUUGUUGUUGAUGCCAUUGGCAUGGCUGCGUCGUGCAGUCCUGCUUUCAUCACCAAUACAGUGUUCUGAGUUCGA